UAUGGGCUAUGACUGUAGUACUUCAUUUAUUAGAAGUAGUUGAUAGUGUUAAUAGUUAUUGUUCAAUGUUUUAUAUUACUUCGUUAUUUGUUUUUCUAGGCUUAAGGCUAUAGCCUAUAAUCUUUAACACUACUAUUAUUAUAAUUUAUAUUUUAUAUUUUUUAUUUGAAGUUUAGUGUUUACAAUCUAAUAUACUAUAUUUAUUAUUACAUUUUUUAGAUAGUAAUUAGUAACAACUAAUUUAAUAUAGUAGUAUUAAUCAAUAAUCGCUAUUUGUUUCGUGUUCUCGUAUCAUCGCAGUACUUCUGUUAUGUAAACUCAUAUUAUCAUGGUGAAACCUUACAACUCAUAUGUAAUAUUUUUUCCACAAUUAUUGAAUUUGACGAUCGGAUUGGAUUACCAACUUGGGUUUAAGUUCUGAACAAUAUAGGAAUUUUAUUCAUUGUGGAUUAUCCCAUUUUAUUGUUUACUCAAUAACAAAUAACUCGAUUUUACUUACCAUGGACAAGGAAGAAGCAAUUAGAAUGUAUGAUAUGACUGAUUAUUAUAUUGGUCUUGGACUUGCUUUGUUUUCGAGUGGUUUUAUUGGAGCGAGUUUUAUUAUAAAGAAAAAAGCCCUUGUUCAAAUAUCAUUAGGAAGUGGACGCAGAGCAGCUAAUGGUGGCUAUGGAUACUUAAGUAAUUGGUUAUGGUGGUUUGGAUUAUCAAUGAUGGCAUUUGGAGAAGUAUUUAACUUUGCUGCUUAUGCUUUUGCCCCAGCUUCAGUGGUUACACCACUAGGUGCACUUAGUGUCAUUGUUGCAGCAAUAUUAUCUUCAAAGUAUUUAAAUGAACAGCUGAAUUUAUUGGCAAAGAUCGGUUGCUUUAUGUGUAUUAUUGGUUCUACAGUGAUGGUAAUUCAUUCUCCAAAAGAAGAAGAAGUUGACACCCUUGAAGAUUUAUUACAGAAACUUACAGAACCUGGUUUCAUCAUAUAUACAAGCAUAAUGUUGAUUAUAAUUUCCUCAAUAUUCUUCUAUUUUGGUCCACGCUAUGGUUCAUCAAAUGUUGUAGUUUAUGUUAUAAUGUGUUCAACUAGUGGUUCAUUAACUGUUAUGUGGUGUAAAGGACUUGGACUUGCUAUAAGAGAAACAAUAUCAGGUCAAAGUGAAUUCACAAAUUGGUUAACUUAUAUGUUUAUUGUCUUGCUGAUUACAUUUGUAUGUAUACAAAUGAACUAUUUGAACAAAGCCUUAGACACUUUCAACACAAGUGUUGUUACACCAGUUUAUUAUGUCAUGUUCACAACUCUAGUAAUAACAGCCUCUGCUAUACUAUUCAAGGAAUGGGAACAUCUACAGUUAAAUGACAUUAUUGGAAUUAUUUGUGGAUUCCUUAUAACUGUGACUGCAAUAUUUAUGUUGAAUACAUUCCGUGAUUUGGAUAUGUCACGUAGUCAUUUUGCAUGGCGAACUCGUCAACCAGUUACAAGGAAAUCUACAAUUGAAGAAAGUGCUCAAACUUCUGCCCUUAUUAAAAAUAAUACACAAUAUGGUACAAGAAAUGUUUGACAUUCAGAUAACAACACAAUAAAAUUUAAGAUCAAAAGAAAAAUAAUUUGGAUAUUAAAAUCCUUUGAACCUGGAUAAAAUAAAUUAUAUAUUAUUUUUAUAGUUGAUACAGACAUUUAGUCUUUUUUUGUUUGUUUUAGUUUAAUUUUUCCAAAUUAAAUAGCAUGUAAUAUAUUUAUGUAAGAAGUUGUUUUUGUAUAAUUUGGAGGAAAAGCUUGGGAACGAUUGUACCCCUAGUUUUGAAAUUAACUUCCUCAUAAUUUAAGCCAUUUGUGGACUAACUGAAAAAUAAGGGAUUUCAACAUUUCCAGUUUUUUUAUUGAAAUUAUAUCACUGAAUUAUACAUUAUUUUGUUAAAGUUGUUUUUAAUUAUAUUGUGUAUAACUAACAAAUUAGUAUAAUAUUAAUUUGAUCAGUUAUUUUCUUCCAA